CACACUCUGGCUCAGAGGGGAGUCGCGCGUCAGUCCACGAGCAGACUUCGGCAGGAAAUUUCUCCUGUGGCAUUUCUCUGGACGCUUCUGGAGACCAGGGGAAGCAAUACGGACAGACUUUCCCUCAAAUUCACGUUUAUUCUAAGUUAAACAACGUUUAAAAGAGGCAAACAUGUGAUUUGGCUGCAAGGUUGCAAGUCGCCUAAGCACUUACCUGGUGUUUCCUUAUUGUUUGAUCUCUUGGAUUUAUUUGUACAUUUGCUGCCACAAUGGGAUACAAAAAGGAACUUGGAUAUUGGUUCUUUAUGGUACUCUCUUACUCAUUCAUAUCUAAGUAUCGUGCAGAUGUUGGACUUAAUAUCACAGUGGCAGUGAUUCUUCCCAAUAGUAUGCGUUACGCUUGGGCACUGCCGAAGGUCGUCCCGGCAAUCAGAAUGGCGCACGAAAAUCUGGAGAAAUACGGACUUCUGAAGGGACAUACAAUCAAUCUCUUAAAUUUUAGUACGGAUGACCAGGAUGGUGGCUGCUCGGAAAACACGGCUCAGAUAAUUGCUGUGGAUACUAAACUUUACCACCAACCAGACGCUUUCUUUGGACCGGGUUGUGUGUACUCCGUAGCCUUAGUGGGAAGGUUUGCAUCCCACUGGAAACUCCCACUGAUAACUGCUGGAGGACUAGCAUAUGGUUUUGAUGAUGGAGAAGAGUUCAAAACGAUAGUUCGGAUGGGACCCACGACCACAAAAAUUGGAGAAUUCGCCACUUCUCUUCACGUGCAGUUUAACUGGACAACUCGAGCUGGUCUUAUUUUCUACGACUUAAAACGUGACGACCGACCUCACUACUUUCAAAUCGAGGGCAUUUACCUAAACCUGCGCCAAGAACUGAACGUGACUGUAGAGGCAUUUCCAUACCAAGAACCAGGAAACUUCGAUUAUGAUGAAAUCGUUAAAUUUAUGAGAGAAAAGGCCAGAAUUGUGUACAUCUGUGGACCCCUUGAUACCUUUCUUCUCAUCAUGAAGCUGUUUCAAGAGGAGGAACCCCACCCCGAAGACUACGCCAUCUUUUAUUUGGAUGUAUUUGGCGCAAGCUUAAAAAAUGACGCAAAAAUUCCCUGGAGCAAUUCCUCCCUGGAUGGGACGGAUCCCAUCAACACUUUCAAGUCUGUGUUCAUCUUGACUUAUAAAGAGCCAGAUAACUCUGAGUAUGUUAAAUUCCAAACGGACUUCCAUAAGAGAGCCAAGCAAGACUUCGGUGUCCAACUGGAACCCUCAUUGGAAGACUUCAUCGCAGGAUGUUUUUACGAUGGCUUCAUGCUUUACGCGAGGGCACUGGACGAGGUCUUAGCUGAAGGGGGCGCUCAGAACGACGGCCUCAGGAUCAUAGAAAAAAUGCAAAACCGACAGAUCUGGGGGGUCACAGGCCUGGUGAGCACGGACGAGAGAAACGACAGGAACACUGACUUCAGCCUGUGGGCCAUGACAAAUCAACAAACCGGACAGUAUGGGAUUGUGGCUCACUACAAUGGAACAAAUAAGGAAAUAGUGUGGUCGUCAAGCGAGAAGAUCCAUUGGCCUAAAGGGAAGCCACCCAUGGAUGAACCCACCUGUGUGUUCACUCCCUGCCACGACGGCCAGCUCCCGGUUCUUGGAAUCGUUGCUGUCGGUUCCGGCCUGGCCCUCAUCAUCUUCGGAAUAUCAAGUUUUCUCAUUUACAGGAAACUGAGGCUGGAGAAGGAGUUGGCAGGAAUGUUUUGGAGGAUUCGAUGGGAAGACCUCCAAUUCGAGAGUCCCAGCAAAUACCACAAGCGCGCUGGCAGCCGACUCACUCUCUCGCAGAGGGGUUCCAGCUAUGGCUCUUUGAUAACUGCGCAUGGAAAAUAUCAGCUAUUUGCAAAAACCGGCUAUUUUAAGGGCAACCUGGUAGCCAUCAAGCAUGUGAACAAGAAGAGGAUUGAUCUGACCAGACAAGUGCUGUUUGAGUUAAAACAUAUGAGAGACGUUCAGUUCAACCACCUGACCAGGUUCAUUGGCGCCUGCAUCGAUCCCCCCAACAUUUGUAUUGUGACUGAAUAUUGUCCUAGAGGAAGUCUUCAGGAUAUACUGGAGAAUGAAAGUAUAAACCUGGAUUGGAUGUUUCGAUACUCUCUCAUCAAUGACAUUGUGAAGGGAAUGAACUUUCUGCACAAUAGCUACAUUGGAUGCCAUGGAAACCUCAAAUCAUCUAACUGUGUGGUGGACAGCCGAUUUGUGCUGAAAAUCACAGAUUAUGGCCUGACAAGUUUCCGGUCGUUGUGUGAAAACGAGGACUCGUUUGCAUUAUAUGCAAAUGUUUGUAUUGUAGAGAAGCUGUGGACAGCUCCGGAGCUGUUGAUAUACGAUAGACAUCCACCGGAGGGAACCACAAAGGGCGACGUGUAUAGCUUUGGCAUCAUUCUGCAGGAGAUCGCCUUGAGAAAUGGACCUUUCUAUGUUGAGGGCAUGGACCUAAGUCCAAAAGAGAUUGUUCAGAAAGUGCGUAACGGCCAGAAGCCCUACUUCAGGCCCAGCACUGACAACACCCUCCACUCCGAGGAGCUUACUGUACUGAUGGAUAGCUGCUGGUCCGAGGACCCCGCCGAGAGGCCCGACUUUAGCCACAUCAAGAUCUACAUGAUGAAGCUCAACAAAGAAGGAAGCACGAGUAUUCUCAACAACCUGCUCUCCAGAAUGGAGCAGUAUGCCAACAACCUGGAGAACCUGGUGGAGGAGCGAACGCAGGCAUACCUGGAGGAGAAGCGAAAAGCCGAGAAUCUCCUUUAUCAGAUCUUGCCACAUUCGGUGGCAGAACAGCUGAAGCGGGGAGAGACGGUCCAAGCCGAAGCCUUCGACAGUGUAACCAUCUACUUCAGUGAUAUCGUUGGCUUCACAUCAAUGUCAGCAGAAAGCACACCACUACAGGUUGUGACAUUACUGAAUGACCUGUACACAUGUUUUGAUGCUAUCAUCGAUAACUUUGAUGUGUACAAGGUGGAGACGAUCGGGGAUGCAUACAUGGUGGUGUCAGGGCUGCCAGUCAGAAACUGCAAGCUUCAUGCUCGAGAGAUUGCCAGCAUGUCAUUAGCCCUCCUGGAGCAGGUGAGGACGUUCAAGAUCCGACACCGGCCCAACGACCAGCUGCGGCUGAGGAUAGGCAUCCACACGGGACCUGUCUGUGCUGGCGUGGUGGGCCUGAAAAUGCCGAGGUAUUGUUUAUUUGGAGACACUGUCAACACGGCGUCUCGGAUGGAGUCAACGGGGGAAGCCUUAAGAAUACACCUCUCCUCAGCUACCAAAGAGGUGCUGGAUGAAUUUGGUUAUUUCGACUUGCAGUUACGAGGUGACGUGGAGAUGAAGGGCAAAGGCAAAAUGAGAACGUAUUGGCUUCUGGGGGAAAAGACAGAUGUCUAUGUUAUCUGAGACGCCGUGCUGAUGAGCAGGAAAAUCGGCUGACUGCCGUGGAUGAGGAGCCAGCAUUCAGUCCCCCACACACACACCUCCCCCCAGCCCUCUCACAGUCGGGAACAGGAGGUUUUCCUCUGUUUAAAUCAACAGAGAUUUUUAAAAACUAAAGACCUUUGGAGAGAGGUGAUUCCAGGUAUAUUUAAUUACCUGCUUAAUUGCAAAUAAAAAUAAAACUCAAAGAAAAAAAAACAUGGUAUAGAAGCAAAACCGAUUUAAAAAAACACUAUUUUAAAGACAUUUUUAUGAAGAAACUUUGUGUCUUGACAAAGGAGUACUUUUCAGAAAUGAACCCUUAUUUUUUGUGCUUUCUAUAUUCUGAUUUGUAUCAUGUGUUUGGAAUUCAGUAAGCAUAUACUUGGUGUUUCCAUCCUGCAUAGUUGGAGAGAGAGAGCAGAGAGCACAGUGUCAUAGUGUGAAUGUUUUUGUCAAUUCAAAGGUACAAGUGAAGUUCCACAGUGGCACUAUACACAGAUAUUUGUAUAUAUGUAUAAUCAACACAUUGUAAGAUAUUUUUGUUCAAUAAACUGAAUCAAAUGUU